UGUACAUUCACACGGUUGAGAUCAUUCAUUAUGUACAUUCACACGCGCGCGCGCGCGCGCACAGGGAGAGUAGAUAAAAGAGGUUAGAAAGAGGAGGAGAAAGGAGUAUCGAGGAGGAGGGAUGGUCGGGCCAUUGCGACCGGUGUUCGUUCUUUUUGGCUCCUCCAUCGUCCAGUACAGCUUUAGCAACGGGGGAUGGGGAGCUAUCCUCGCCGACGUAUACGCCCGCAAGGCCGAUAUUUUGCUGCGAGGGUAUACUGGUUGGAACUCAAGACGUGCUCUACAAGUGGUUGACAAAAUCUUCCCGAAGGAUGCAGCUGUGCAACCUUCAUUGAUAAUAGUUUACUUUGGUGGCAAUGACUCAAUUGGACCUCACCCAUCUGGCCUAGGUCCUCAUGUGCCACUUCCAGAAUACACCGAAAACAUGAGUAGGAUUGCAGAUCAUCUUAAGAGCCUAUCUGAAAAGACACGCAUUAUUUUCCUCACUUGUCCUCCGAUCAAUGAGGAACUGCUUCGUCAGUCAACAAGUGCCGCUCUAAGUGAGAUAGUGCGAACAAACGAAACCUGCCAAAGAUACUCAGAAGCUUGUAUAAAACUGUGCAACGAUAUGGAUGUGAAGGCUAUUGAUCUUUGGACUGCAAUACAGAAGCAGGAUGACUGGGCUAAUAUUUGCUUUACUGAUGGGAUUCACUUGUCCUCUGCAGGGAGCAGGAUAGUAGCGGAAGAGAUACUAAAGGUCCUCAAAGAAGCUGAGUGGGAGCCUUCUUUACAUUGGAAGUCCCUGCCAACCGAGUUUGGAGAGGAUUCACCAUAUGAUCUGCAGCGAGUUGAGCCCUCAAGAAAAAGGAAAAGUUAACGAGGGUCUAGAGGAUACGUCAUAAAAAUCAGGACUAGCAAGGCGAGAGAGGUUUGCAUGAAAAUCCGCUUGCAUGCUCCCUUCCCUGAAGAUGUGAGAAGCAUAGAAAUAGAUGGACGAAGGCUCGACGUGCCAGAUACGAACUACUUGGCCAUCCUUCUGAUUUUAAAAAUGUGCUUGAGGUGCAUCUGAUCGCCCUGGAUGUGCUUGAGGUGCAUCCGAUCAUCCUGGAACGAGGCAUCCAUGAAAUGGUGCAUAUCAAUGUGUGACUGGGAUGGUAAACACGCACUACUAUAGAUCUAUCCUAUCAUGCCUCAAAACCGGCUGGCGCGCGAUGCAGCCGCACAUUACAUAGGAUAUAAUCCUAUAAAAUAUGCCAGACCUACCGAAUGAUCAAAAUGCCAACGAUUUUAAUCGCCAUUUUCAAGAAUGAAACAAAAUCAUCCACUAUUUCUCUUUGGAAAAUAUAAUCACAAGGCCCCAACAUCCGAUCGUAUCCGAAAUGUUCUAAAUCUUCUCCACCUCUCAUUAGCAAAUUCCAAGCUUCAGCACUAAGCAUUUUGUGGCUCGGACGAAAACAAAAAAAACAAAAAAAAGAAAAAGAAGAAGAAAUGGCAUGAGCUAACGACUCGGUCGCAUGAUAAUUUCUCACAAUAAUAGUUCAUUGCCAUCGGUUUACGAUCAUUUCGUAGAUUCCAUAAGUAUCCCAAGAGUACUCCAUAAAUUAUUUAUUUUUUUGACUCUGUAUUAGCCACAAUCACAUUUCUCACCCAUAACAAGCUAAUUGAUAGUGCCAUAUUUUUCGCCCAUGACAAAACAAUUGAUAGUCCUAUAUUCUUGCCAAUGGCGAAGCUAUCCAUAAUGUCACGCUUCGACUUAUGUCGGGUAGUCCACAAUAACAUUGUUAAUUAAGAGCCUUCAUCCAUCCAUUCAUUUUAGUAAUAAUAUUAAUUAUGUUAAGUUAUUUUCAAUUUUGGACUAGAUUAUGAUCACACUUUCCAUCAUGAUGAAGCAAUCAGUAAUAUCACAUAUCUUUUUCAAAUAAAUGCAUUUUCUUGUUUUAUAAAUGUCUACAUACAUGUAUAAACAUGUGUCUGGUUGCGCGCGCGCGCGCUUGUGAUUAUCUUCUUUUGGGCAUUGCUUAAUCAAAUAGGUUUGCAAGUUGUCCCAUGUGCAUUAAACAUGCCAAAGACCGCGGGCAUUGCUUAAUCAAUAUAUAACCCUGUCAUGCCGAAACAUCACGGGCCCGCACUCCUUCCGCAUAUUCAU